AUGACUGACGAGGACUCUGAGAGCGUCCACACCGAUUCCCAGACGGGAGAGGACAGCGAGCUUCCUGUUAUCCAGCUGUGCGGGCUGGUGGAGGAGCUCAGCUAUGGAAACUCUGCUCUCAAAACGGAGACAGAGAUGUUUGAGAAAUACUGCUGUAAACUGGAGUCUAGGGAAUACCGACCUCUGCGAAUUUCAGAUGUUAAAAUAACAGCAGCAGAAUUUGCACAGUUACGGAGCAGGCGUAAAUCCAAACCCCGGGCAGGUGACCGUAUGAUAAGCCUCAGUGUCGAACAAAAACUUGAGCUUGUGCAAAAGGAGCUGGAAGACAUGAAGGACGAGUUGAGGCACAUGAGGGCAAAUGCUGAGCGGGACCUACAGUACCACGAGGCUAUCAUCGAGGAAGCUGAUAUUCGGUGGACUGAAGUCCAGAGAGCAGUGCAUGACUUUGAAAAAGAUAUUCUAAGAACCAUAACCAAGAAGAAAGGGAGUAUUUUGGCCACUGAGAAAGUGCUGAAGUACAUCGAGGACAUGAACCACCGGCGGGAUAAUUUGAGGGAUAAAUUACGUUUGAAAAAUAUUUCUCUCAAAGUUCAGAGGAAAAAACUUCUUUUACAAUUGAGGCAGAAGGAAGAGGUGGGCGAGGCACUCCAUGAUGUUGAUUUUCAGCAGUUGAAGAUUGAGAAUGCUCAGUUUUUAGAGACAAUUGAAGCACGGAAUCAAGAACUGAUCCAGCUGAAACUGUCAUCCGGAAAUACCCUGCAAAUCCUCAACGCAUACAAAAGCAAGCUUCAGCGAGCGGUGGAAAUGUUCAUCAGUCUGGGCAAGGAGAUCUUGCUGAGAAAAGAGCUUCUUGAAAAAAUUGAUAAAGAAACCAUACAAGUAGAGGAGGACCGGGCCAAAGCCGAGGCUGCCAACAAGAAGUUGCGGAAGCAGCUGGCUGAGUUCCGGGCGCCACAGGUGAUGAUGUACCUCCGGGAGAAGAUCCUCAAUAUGGAGAUGGAGAAGACCAUCAAGAUGUGGGAAAGGAAAGUGGAAAUCGCAGAGAUGUCCCUGAAAGGCUACCGCAAGGCUUGGGAUAAAAUAAAGGCAAGCAACGAGGAAUUGCAAGCAAUUGGCUCCCCUGGGAAAUAG